UUUGCAACCGGUUGCGUUCGUUUGGUCAGAGGGAGGAGCCGAGAGGGCUGUGGAAUGCUCCGGAGAUGUCUUCGAUUGGGACGCCACGAUCCAGUUUCAUCGCCUUCAUGAGAUUCAUCAUGGGACUGAAGAACAGCAAGGCUAAGAAGGGAGGUGUGCCCCCUCCUGGCUCUGCAGAUACUCCAUGCAAGCUAGAAGAGGAGGCCGAUGUCCAGCGUGUCACUACAGAACCAGUGUCAGAGAGCAUUAAUAGUACCAGUCCUCCUUCCACACCAAGGUCUCCUGUUUCCGAUACAUCACCAGAGAGCUUGAGUAAAGAUUGUGAAACACCCUCCACUGCAGAAGAAGUCAGUUUUGCUUCCUGUUUAACAGAUUCCCCAAACAGCCUUUCUGAAAACCUUAAUGGAACUGCUGCUGUCAGGACACAACCAUUAGUUAAUUCUGUUCUCAAAGGAGUGACAAAGAAUCCUGAGGCAUCAGUUAAUUCAGUGUCUGACUCAGUUGAACUGAACAAUACCCAAAAUGGGGUUAAAAAAGAUUCUGAGUAUGAAAGUGCAGAGGAAGUUGACCUCCCGCCUGACCCAACUGUCGUCACUCAGCAGCCAUCGUCAGAUAAUUGUCUUCCAGUACCACCAGUUACAGACUGCACCCAGUCCCCAGGGCCGGCUGUGACUCCCAGUAGUGACAAAUCUGUGAGUGAAACAGAAACCCAGUUGGAGAACAGUAUUGUAGAGAACAGUAUUAAUGGUAAUUGUGUUAAUGUUGAAAACGGGUUCAUCGAAGGUGCGGAAGAUCUCAGUGAACAGCAUUUAACAAGUGUAGAUACUAAAGAAAGUGCCAUAAGUGAUUCUCUUGUCACAGUAACAAGGAACGAGGUAAUCGAAGAGACAAUCAGUACAAAGGCCUGUGUUGAGCAAGAGGUUACUGAAGUAAUAUCCAGUCAUACGGUAAUAAAUGAUCAAGUCAGUAGUAGUUUAACAGAAAGAAAGGAAGAAUCGCCCUUGGAAUCACAAGGUUCUGUAGAUAUCAAGAACGAAUGUAACAGUUUGCCUGUUAGUAAAGUACAACAAGAGGAGAGUGCCAGUUGUUUUGCAAGUGAAGUAGAAAAAGCGCAGCCUACUAAUGAAGAAGGAGUUGAAUCCAAUGCCCAAAAUUGUGCAGAGAAAACAGAAAAUAGCACUCCUGUGAAGGAAGAGCUUUUAAAUUGUGAAGGUAAUGAGGAAACUAAUAUUGAGCCUGUGAAUCAUUGUGAAAGUAAAGAUAUUACUUCUGUAGAAAAACAGGUUGAAGAAAUUUCAAAAGAUAGUCAAGCUCUGCAGACCACCCAAGUCGAAUCAAAAGAUAAUCAGUCUUUACUCCAUACAAGUGAGUCAUCCGAGGUUGAUAACAUACAGCCACCCACUGGGAAUAAAGUUCCUUGUGACUCUCCAACUGAACAAGUUACUGAAGAACCUGCAGAAAGUGCAUUAGCUGGUGAUGAUGUACCAAUUCCUCCAAAGAAAGGUUAUUGCUUAGAUUUCCUUGACAAUCUAGAUGACCCAAAUUUCAAUCCAUUUGCUACAAAAACUGCAGUGAGAAAUACCCCUCCUCCAAGCCCAGAAGCAGGUCGAAAGCUUCCCCCAUUAAAACCUGCCAUAAGGAAAAAGAAAGACACCAAAAAUAGUGUUAAGAACCCUGAACCUUCUGCUAAUGCAGGAGGCACCCAGAAUCCAGAGACUACUUCAGAAAAUAAAGUUGAAGAUACCCCAAGUGUAGAAUCAAAACCCAGUGAUCAUCUGAAAUCUGAUGAACCUUUAGAAGUAAAUCUUGAAGAUUCAACUAAAUCACCCAGUAAGCCACCUCCUAGACGUAAUUGUAAACCUGUGCCAAAUAAAAAGCCAGUCAGCAAAACUCCCAAAUCAAAAGUUAUUGAAAAGAAUAAUAAUAGAGUUAAUGAGAAAGCUUUAAAUGAAACAGAUAAUAAGACAGAACCAGAAGAGCUUCCACUUCCUCCAUCAAAGGGAUACAACCUCGACUUUUUAGACAAUCUAGAUGACCCCAAUUUCAAUCCCUUCGCGACAAAAUGCGCUGUAAGUAAUUCACCUCCAAAAGAGGGUGUUUCUGUGCCAAAUGAUCAAGAACCUAAGCCUAAAGUAAAAGUAGUUUCUCCAAAGAAAACGGUCCCCAAGAAAGGUUUUUCAGUCAUCAAAAACAAAGUAAAAGCACAAUCAGAAAAGCAAGAACAGGACAUCAAGCCAGAAACAGCACCAUCUUCGGAAGAGAACAAAGUUGUUGAGGAAACAUCAAAUUCCCAAGAAGUUGAGGAUUUACCUGUACAACCCAAGAAAGGAUACAAUCUAGACUUCUUAGAUGACCCAAACUUUGAUCCUUUCAAACCAAAAUCCUGUGUUAAUGAAAUUUCUGAUAACACAGCUGUAGAAACAUCAAAACCAAUCAGGGAGGUACUUGGAGGGCCUUGCACAGAGGAACCAAAAACCCUAUCCAAGGAAACAUCAGAGGACACAAGUCAGCAGUCAGUUACUCCCAUCCCUGUGGAACAAGAAGAGCAAGAAACUCUCUCAGUUAACCAUGUUAACAGUGAAUAUGCUGAUGUAACAGACUCCCCUAAAGAACUUAAAGAAACUUGUAGUUCAUUUGAAGGAAAUACUGUCCAGGAAGAAGAAAACUGUAGAAGCAGUGAAAGCUCAGUACCAGCAAAUGGUGUUUUAGAAGCUGAUAAAGUAGAAAAUUUAGAAAAAACAGAUGAGGAAGCUAAUUCACAGUUAGGUGAAAAUAAAUCGCAAGAAAAUGAAAUUAAUGAGCUGAAAGUAGAUAGCAAGGGUGAAGGAAAACAGGGCAAGGACUUCUGUUUACUUCCAGAUGAAAGUGAAUCUUUUUAUGAGGGGAAUUUGGGCAUACCCAAAGUUCCUUCUAUAGGAACCAUAGGACACCUUGAUAGUCUGGAAUUUGCUCAACUGUUAGGAAAUGAGGCAAGUCGUCUUGCUGAAGAGUUUAUGAACUGUUCUACAGAUUCUGGCCUUCCAGACUCUGAUGAUAGUGUGCAUGUAAAGUCAGGUCACUUGAACUCCAACAUGGCAGACAAAGAUAUUAGCACCCUUGCUCGGUUAUCAGCCCAUCUCGAUGAAAACAUCAAUCCUUUCCAGAAAACUUCCAAGUUACAGAGAUCGCCGCCCUUAGGGAGAAGAGAUGCGUGUGGCGCCGAGGGAGGUGAUGGUAGUGAAACUUUUGAUCCUUUCAAACCAAGACGGGCACUACUACGAGAGAGUGGCACUGGCGAGGAAAGACUGGACACAUACAGUUUGGACGACGAUUCGGGAAUUGCACUAGGGACCCGUUCAGACCUGGAAACUGAUGUCAACCACAGUGAAGCUGGGCCUGAAAUUGCCACAGGAUUGACCUCCAGUGAUUUACAGUGUGCUUCACAGUUGAAAACAGAGGACCAAGAUGAUGAGCUUUUUGACCAGAUCACAGAUGAGGAAUUCCUUGCAUCUGAAGCAUUCUUCAAGGAGGCAACAGACAUUGAAAACCAGCUGCGGAAAGGCCUCUCAACACCAUUAAGAGGAAGUCAGAGCAAGCUGAGUGGCAAUGAGGUGACCCCCACCAAAGACAAAUCUGAAUUGUCGUCUUCGUCGACACCAGACCAUCAGAGUAAGACUGUCCCGUCCACAUCCACUCCCGUACCACCUCAUGAAGAAAGAUCUGCACCAGAGGGAACCAGCAGUCCCACACCCCGUCCAAGUGACACGUCAGAACACAAGCCUUCGUCGUCACGACCAAAUUCCAUUCCACCAGAAGGGUACAUGAGUACGGCAGAGGUACAAAAACUUUUGAAACAACAGGAACUGCAGUUUGAAGAGAAGCUUUUGAGAGCGGAGCUUGUGUCGGGAGAAAAGGAGAAGAAACUACGACAAGCCAUGAAGGACGAACAGAAGGAAAUGAGCAACCUUGGGGAGACUGUGACUGAGCUGACACAGUCACGGGAUGCCUUACUGAAGUUGGUCGGGCAGUACAAGGGCAUGUUGGCUUCACUAGUGAGCGAGAAGGAAAAGGAGAAGCAGAAUCAGGAAGAGAGAAUCAAAACGCUUGAGCAAGAGAGGAAUCAAGCUCUUGAAGACUUAGCCAACGUUGAGGUUGCCUUUUCUGACGUUCAUAGGAAAUAUGAAAGAACAAAACAGGUUGUAGACACUCUACGAAGAAAUGAAGAAACUUUAAGAGGUGCUGUAACUGAUUAUGAAAAUAAGCUACAAAAGCAGGAACAAAAAUUUAUCGAGUUCCAGAAACAUGCUGAAGAGAAGAUUCAGCUAGCAAAUGAAGAAUUUGAAGCAAUGAGACGAGCAAACGACCAGGAGAUGACGAAAAUGGCGGCCCUCCUGAAAAAGGCAGAAAUGAAGAUCAUGUCGCUUCAGGAUUCUAACGACCGUAAAACCCGUGAGAACCAGGAAUUGACACAGCUCUGUGAUGACCUGAUUAACAAGGUUGGGACAUCUCAUUAGCAUGUCUUAAAAAUGAUUUUGAUUUUAUACUGCCUCUUUUCAAAAAUAUCUUGAAUUACUCAUGAAGGAUUUUGACUUGGGUAGUACAGCAAAGGGCAUAGAUAUAUAUGCUUGUUAAUCUCACUUAAUCUGUGAUUAAUAUUAAAUUACUAACAAAAUUUGUGUGACCUGUUCUUAGUGUUGGGAAAUACUACCUAGCAGUAUGGUGAAAGUGCUGCCGUAUGUUAAAACACCCAUUACAGGAUCUAUCUUGAACAAUAAAUCCAGUCCUGUUCAUUGUGAGGGGAAAAAAUGCCAUAUUGAAUGUUUUCCUCAAAGCUUGAAGACGACUGGACACGAGAUGUAUGAAAUGUACAUAUCAGUAGAGUGAAAAUGUAUUUAUACUGUAUGUAGACACUGUAAUACCAAUGUAAACCAUUUCAUAGUGUUAUGAAAAGUGUUACCCAUUAAUUAUGAUGUAGUGUAGUGUGAAAGUGUGGUUUUGUAUUCAAUGAAAUUGGCAUAAUGAGAAUUGUAAAUAACAGUAAUUUCUCUUAUUAAAUGUUUAUCAUAUCAAUGCUUUUACCUGCAAAUUUGUAAAAACAAAAAAAAAAGCCAUGUGCAUAAUGCAAAAUAUGAACUGCAUUUACCAAAUUUGCUUCAUGCAUUGAUGUUAAGAUGCUGAAAAGUAUUUCUAGAAAUGUAAUUGAGUGAUAUUGAAUGCAUUUGUAAGUGGACAACAUAUGCUAUCUUGCCUAAGAGAAAAAAAAAAUUACUAGAUUGAAUUGUACUUUACCAUUACAAGCCAUUGUUGAAGUAAAGAUGAUGUAAGAAGUUUGAAUGAAAAGUUAAGUGAAAUGUACAAGUAUUACAUUGAGAACAUUUUCUCAAGUAUGGAUUCUGAAGGGUUAGGGCUGUGAUAGUUGCACUACUGUCAGCUUAUCCUAAAAGUUGCCAAGCGCCUGCCAUUUAGAUAUGCUGAUGAAACCUUUAUACUGCUAUGUCAUAGGUCAAGCACAAAUUUAUUUCCCAUUUUUUUUAACUAUUGUACAGAACAUGUAAAUCUAUUUACAGAGUAUAUUUCUUACCUCGCGUGAUAAACAUUACGCAAGCGCUUUGAUUGACUGAAUGCCAUAACUUCAUUCACAAUUUCCAUGAGUAGCAUUUAACAAGAAUUGAUAAUUUCUCACGGCUUUGAAAUUAUUUUUUCACAGAAUCCUGCACCAGUGUCCAAUUUUCACUUUUUUAUACUAAAUAACUUUGUGUUUACAGUGUCAAGAUUUAAAACUUACCAAAGGAACACAAUUUAAAAAAAAACUUCUACUGUAGUGAUAAAUUGAAAACUACAGUUAUAUUAGUGAAGAGAUUGUGGAUUUAAUUCUAAUAAGGCCCAGGAUACCAUAUUUAAUAUACAGUACCAGUGUUUACAGUACAUCAAUACUAAAUGAAAAUCUUGUGCCUUAUAAACAAUUAACAAGUUAAUGGAGCUGACCAAAGGUCUUUGCAACUUUAACACUGAAAAAAAACAAAAGUUUGAUUUUAUUGAGGCACAUCAUUUUAAGACAUACAAUGUAAAUGAAAAUUCAUCUUAACUGCCUUAUUCUAAUGUCCCACUGAAAUUUCACAACGUAUUUGACAAAAAUGUAAUAAAUGUUUGACAAUUCUGAAUUAAUUUCACACAUUUUGCUGGUUGUAUAUAUUGUUUAUAAAAUGAAAUCUUCUACAUCUUUAUUUUAAUUAGACAUGCCAUUAUUUAUUGUUUUCGAAGAUUUUUUGAUCCAUAUAACAUUAUGUAUCAUAGGAAUUAAAUAUACAUUAAUAUGCAA